AUGUUUCACACAUUUACCGCGUUUUCACAAAGCGCAUGAAACGCACAUUUAGGACGCUCGCUUUGCACCAUGCGUUCGCUGCUUUUUUUUUUUUUCUCCAGGAUUUCCGUGAGCUUUUUUCCGAGUGCAGAUGGUCCGGUGGUGGAAACGUAGUACGUCAUUAAAAUGGCGCCAAAAGAUUAAGUUCAUGGGGCAAUAAAAUCCCGUCCUAUACAAAUAUUAGCAUGAUGUGACCUCCACACUGCGCUUAGACGGAAUUUCCUCCAUGAGAGAGGCGAGGAUUUGUGCAGUUAUAGUGCAGCUAACAGAGAGAGAGAGAGAGAGAGAGAGAGGCUGCCUGCCUGCCUGGUGUGUUUGUGCCAACUCAGAUGUGAUAGAGCUCCAGCUUUGCUCUCACAUCAGCCACAACAACACAUUUGUGGCGCAUUAAAACUCAGGUGUAAACUUGUUUGGCCACAGCGCUGUGAAAGCCACAUAAACACAGCGGCGGCUGCUGUUGUUUAUUUUCCUUUAAAUCCUGAACCUGUGUGUGUGUGUGUGUAUGUGUGAGUGUGUGUGUGUGUGUGCAGAGUUGGCGUUAGUUUGACUCCUGGCUUGGUGUCUGUCAGCGCUAAAUAAUCGCACGGUGCUGUUAGACCCCAGCCCUGCACUGACCAGUGACCCGACAUGGGAGCACUUCUGUCUCACUGGCUCUUGCAGAGUCACUUUUAAUAAUUUGUUUACUAAACAACCCCAGGCUGAAGUAACGUUAGACGAGCUCCGGCGAAUACGCACAUUUCUCCAUGUUCUUCUUUAAGUUGCCUGAAGCUAAUUGUAUGACCGAUUUUAUUCCCAACUCUUUAUGCACGGGAUAUUUUCUACGAAAAAAAAUGCAAAUCGUAUUGAAAUGUUGUUUUUUAAAAUAGGAAUUAAUGUUGUUGCUAAUUUUGGUCGGGCAUCGUAACGGGCAGCUAUGGCUGUGUCAGGGGGCGUGGCCUUUUAGAAAUCUUUCGCUGUGUCUGUUUUUAGCAAGGAAGCCUUUAGCACCGAUCUGAACAUUUAACGGUUUAUUUCUUAAACUUUGCUUUAAUUCACUUCUGAGUUAUGUGUAUCGUGUUGUGUUUGUGUUUGAUGGACCACGUGACUCUAUUUUUUUGUUUUUUUAAAACUCAUAUUUGGGAAUAAUAAGGCUUUUCCAAACUCUGGACUAACGGAGACUGAUGCUUUUCCCCUGCGGGUUUGUAAACAGCGGCUUUGGCCGAAACAUCAGCGCGAGACCGCUGUUUUAUCCUGGUAAUGAUGGUUAUAGAUUAUGACGUCAUCCGGCCGCUGUAGCCAAUAGUCGGCUCGCCGAAGGGUCACGUGAUCCAGUCAAACUGUUCCCGCUGUUUGUGAUGUGCAGAAUAAACUGGAUGUGUGUUUUUUUUUUAAUGCAAUUAAAUUUAGACUCUGUAUUUUAAUUAUAACUUAUAAUGCGUUUAUUGAAAUGACUACAAUCUAUUAACAGUGAAACUAGUUUGGUGAGUUAUUUGGAGAGGCGGCUGCUGACCAUGAAGCGAAGCCGUGUUCCCAGCACCAGCGAGGAGUCCGAUAAUGGAAAGGAGGAAAGGUUAGAGGCUUUUCAAACCCACAUGUGCAUGAAGGGACAUGAGAAGACGUGCACAAGCAGAUGUGAAGGAAGUGAGCAUCUUGACACAAACUCAGGUAAUUGCACAUCAUGGUCUCAGAUGUCAAACUCCCAUCACAAGAGACGAGAUGGGAAGAGACCGUCAGAGGUGUUCAGGACUGAUUUCAUCACAGCGAUGAAGCUUCACGACUCAUACCAGCUCAAUCCAGAGGAUUAUUACAUUCUAUCGGACCCAUGGAGGCAGGAAUGGGAAAAGGGAGUUCAGGUUCCCGUGAGCCCCGAGUCCAUCCCCAAACCUGCAGUACGUGUUGUGGCUGAGAAAUCAUCCAGUUUGUUGUUCACGCGACCGAAGAAGCUGAUUCGCUCAUGGGGUCCAGAGGCGUCAGUGUUGGGGUACGUGGGUAUCGGGACGCUCUCUGAGGGGACGUGCCGUUAUGACCUGAACGAGGAAGACGUCGCCUGGCUGGAGGUGGCUAACAGAGAGUUCAAUCAAAUGGGCAUGCAGCUGCUGGACGAGAACACCAUGGAGAGACUCAUGGAGGAGUUUGAGCGCCGUUGCUAUGACAAUAUGAGCCAUGCAAUGGAAACGGAGGAGGGGCUUGGGAUCGAGUAUGAUGAGGACGUGGUGUGUGACGUCUGUCAGUCGCCUGACGGAGAAGACGGCAACGAGAUGGUGUUUUGUGACAAGUGCAACAUAUGUGUGCAUCAGGCGUGUUAUGGCAUCCUGAAGGUUCCAGAAGGCAGCUGGCUGUGCCGGACAUGCGCGCUGGGCAUCUCACCAAAAUGCCAGCUCUGCCCAAAGAAAGGCGGAGCCAUGAAACCCACCCGCAGUGGCAGCAAGUGGGUGCAUGUGAGCUGUGCCCUGUGGAUACCGGAGGUGAGCAUAGGUAACCCAGAGAAGAUGGAGCCCAUUACGAGCGUGUCUCAGAUCCCUAAUAACCGAUGGGCUCUAAUCUGCUGUCUGUGUAAAGAGAAGACCGGAGCUUGCAUACAGUGCUCAGCUAAGAGCUGCCGUGUGGCCUUCCAUGUUACCUGCGGCCUGCAGCAUGGCCUGAAAAUGAACACCAUCCUGACGGAUGAGGACGAGGUCAAGUUCAAAUCCUACUGUCCCACACACUCGGGUAUGGACUGGCAUGAGCAGAGUGGCGUGAUAGAUGAUAAAGGGAUUGCAGGGAGGGCGAAAGGAGCAGACGGAGCACGGCUCAGCGAAAGAAAGCUCCGCGUGCAGCAGCUGGAGGAUGAGUUUUACAGAUUCGUCAACAUAGAGGAGGUCUCCAAACACCUGCAUGUGCCACUGGAGAAUGUGGAUUUCCUGUUUCAAUACUGGAAGUUGAAACGCAAAUCAAACUUCAACCAGCCGCUCAUUACACCCAAGCGAGAGGAAGAGGAAAGCCUCGCUCGGCGAGAACAGGAAGUGCUGCUUCGCAGGCUUCGCCUCUUUACCCACCUGCGACAAGACCUGGAGAGGGUGCGGAACCUGACCUACAUGGUGACCCGUCGGGAGAAGAUCAAACGCUCUGUGUGUCGAGUGCAGGAGCAGAUUUUUCAUCACCAUGUCCGGCUGCUGGAGCAAGGAAGACUCUCUGGCAUAUCUUCCACCAGGCAAUUGGAGGAGGCCAUGUUCUACUUCCGGGUCGCACCCUCCGCAUCCACUUCCCCCCAACCUCUGAGAGGUCACACGGCUCAGAACAGCGCCACCGAGCUCUUGCAGAGGAAGAGUGUCCCACGUCACGGAGCCUCCAGACGAGGCCAGAACGAAGGGGAUGAGUCCGCCAAGAUGGACGCCUCCCUACUGAGUAAACUGUCCAGCUCAGAGGGGGUCCCAAAUGCUGGCUGCGGUGGGAAUGAAACUGCGAAUGAGACAGAGCGGCCUGUAGGAGAGCGGAGGAAAAGGAGGAGGAGCAGGAUUUGGGAGCAACUACCAGAGAGAAACAACCCAGGGUCAAAGGUCAUAGAUGAGACUGCACAGAACAGUAUAAUGGAUCAUAAUGCAAUGGUGAUGUCUGAUAGCAAAGCGGCGGAAAUGAAAACUUCUGUUACAGUUCAGAAUGUGUACAAUGGUUCUCUUAGGAGGAUGAAUUCAAGUCAGCAUCAGGGAAAGAUGAUGUCGGAAAAGGUGUCCAACGUUAAAAACUGGGGAAGUUUCCGCAUUCCAAAACGAAGUGAUGGCAAAGGAGCGGAAGGAGAGCAGGAAGGGGAGGGGAGGGACUUUACCCAUUCUCAUCCCAUCAGAUCUCUAGAUGCAAGCCACACCCCCACCUCCCCUCCAAUCAGAACUCGGCUAAGAACGGGCACGGAGAACCGGGACCUCGGCUCGGAGGCCGAUCACAGCCAAUCGGAGCAGAAGAAGAGAUGCCACACCCAGCGACUUCGGAGUCAUGACCCGGUGACACAGCGGUACGGCUCAGAGGUUUUGCGGCGUGGAGUUCUCGCGUCAUGAAUUGACACCGUGAAAACUUUAUGUGAAGUUAUGUGUCAAAUAACUUUUUCUUGUGUAAUCCAAAUAAAAGCAGCACUUAGAGGAGCCGCAUGUAAGAUUUUCCUUUGCAUUCUGAUUUCAUGCAUUGGUUGCAGACAUCAGAUUUAGUGUUAUUUACAAACAGUGAAGUAUUUUGUUCCUGAAUGGGUUCUUUAAACAUCAUUCCAGACUUGAGACAUAACAGAACCAGACAGGCUGAUCAUACAGACACAUUUAUACUCAAAUAGCUUGUUACUAGGUAAAUUUAUUGCUGUUAUGAAAAUACAGCAGAUUUUGCUUCACCGUAAUCUUACAUGUAGCUCCUUUUAAGCUUCUGUUACCGGACAGGUAUUUAUUUUUCUAUUUCAUAUCUUUCUUGAUGCUGCUUCUUUUUAUUUUGUACUUCAUUUAGCUGGCUUUCCUUUAUUUUUCUCUCGUUGCCUGCUACAAUGCAUAGUGCAUAUGACAAGGUCUCAAAGGCUGAAUGCUAAGCUUGUAAUCAAAGACAAUGAAAUUAGUUUAGCUAAUUAGCUCAUUUUUCUUUUAGAUACCUGUCAGAAACAAAAACAAACAUGAUUUCCAGAUCAUGUCAUUUUUUUCCGUGAUAUAAAUUGCUUACAGCAGUAGUGUUGAACACUGGUCUGAAUCAAGUGAUGAAACUCGCUGAUGUGUACAAUCGUGACUAGCACUUAGUUCAGUAGGUUCCAGUUCAAGGCCUAGGGAAUUCCUGCACUGCACAGAUUUGUGUUUUUCUCACUCUGACAUGCCUGUUAAACCCUUUAGCUGGUCGAGUCAUGUGCGUAAAGUAGGAAAAUAUGAUGUGCUGAGGCUCCUGGGAUUGAGAACCACCACUGACUUGGUAACGUAUAUGCAUACACUUUAGUGGUAUUAUGUCAAAUAGGAAAAUUUGUCCUGCAUUCCACUUGUUUUCAACAUGCCCUUGUUGACUUCCCUUCCUGAUUUGGGGCAGGGUACGUGGGCGUACACACACCGAUCAGCCAUAGCAUUAAAACCACCUGCCUAAUAUUGCGUAGAUCCUCCUUGUGCCGCCAAAACAGCUCUGACCCAUCGAGGCAUGAACUCCACAAGACCUCUGAAGGUGUGCUGUGGUAUCUGGCAUCAAGACAUUAGCAGCAGAUCCUUUAAGUCCUGUAAGUUGCAUAGAUCAGACUUGUUUGUCCAGCACGUCCCACAGAUCUGAGAUCUGGGGAAUUUGAAAUCAACACCUUGAACUUGGUGUCAUGUUUCUCAAACCAUUCCUGAACAAUUUUUGCAGUGUGUCAGGGCGCAUUAUCCUGCUGAAAAAGGCCACUACUAUUAGGGAAUACCGUUGCCAUGAAGGGGUGUACUUGGUCUGCAACAAUGUUUAGGUAGGUGGUACAUGUCAAAGUAACAUCCACAUGAAUGCCAAGACCCAAAGCUUCCCAGCAGAACAUUGCCCAGAGCAUCACACUGCCUCUGCCUGCUUGCUUUUUUCCCAUAGUGCAUCCUGCUGCCAUCUGUUCUCCAGGUAAGCGACACACACACUCCCGGCCACAUGUAAAAGAAAACAUGAUUCAUCAGACCAGGCCACCUUCUUCUGUUGCUCCAUGGUCCAGUUCUGAUGCUCAUGUGCACAUUUUAGGCACUUUCAUCGGUGGACAGAGGCCAGCAUGGGCACUCUGACAAGUCUGCAGCUCCAUACUCAGCAAGCUGUGAUGCACUGUGUGUUCUGACACCUUUCUAUCAUAGCUAGCAUUAACUUUUUCAGCAAUUUGUGCUACUGUAGGGAUUUUCUGUGGGAUCGGAUCAGACAGGAUAGCCUUCACUCCCCAUGCGCAUCAGUGAGCCUUGGGCGCUCGUGAUCCUGUUGCCAGUUCACCGGUUGUCCUUCCUUGGACCACUGUUAGUAGAUACUAACCACUGCAUACUGGGAACACCCCACAAGACCUGCUGUUUUGGAGAUGCUCUGACCCAGUCGUCUAGCCAUCACAAUUUGCCCUGUCAAAGUCGCCUAGAUCCUUAUGCUUGCCCAUUUUUCCUGCUUCCAACACAUCAACUUCGAGAACUGGCUGUUCACUUGCUACCUAAUAUAUCCCACCCCUUACAGGUGCCAUUGUAACGAGAUAUUCACUUUACAUGUCAGUGGUUUUAAGGUAAUGGCUGAUCAGUGUAUAUAUCUCAGAAUACACUCAUCCUAGCAAGCACAAUAUACUAAAAGUGAGUCGCUUAGCAAUUGUACUGUCUGUUUGCUUUAAACUAUGCACAUACUGGCCUUGCUAAGUAGCUGGCAUUCUGACCAGCUAGAUUAAAACCCAAUUUGAAUGCAGCAAAUCAUUAUAUAUUUUGAAAUAUAAAGAAUUUUAUUGCUCCUGUUUGUUUUUAAACUACUUCACUCACGAUUUCUUCACUUCUUCUGUUUUGAAAUCAGAGUGGGGUACCUUUACCUUCUCUUCUCUCAAUAUCUCCUCAUCACACCUUACCUGAAUUCAUAAAGUAUUGGAACAACCAUUUUUCAUAAGGGGAAAAAGUCAAGGUGAAGUCGACGAGAGCAUGUGGAAAAUGUGUCGGAACAUAGCCUUGGCCUUCCAGACUAGGCUCAAAUAGUUAUAAAUGCUUAAUUUUUUUAAACCAAUAAUCUCUGCAUUUCUUUUCAGGGGUGGUUAGAUUAAUUCCAGGAUCUCCCCAUGAAACUGUAUUUAUGAAUUAAUUUAUUUUAUGUUUUUUUUUCUUUUUUCUUUUCCUAUGUAAAGAGACUGUGGCGCUCUGUUUUGUCGUCAUGGCAUCUUUCUCUCCUCAGGUAAUUCUUUAUUUUGUGCACUUCUGUUUUCCCCAAAAUAACAACCAAGCCUGAUUCUUGACUAUAAAUUGUUUUACAACCGAGAGACAGCACUCACGGUGAAACCGCGUCCACCAGUAGACUUGUUUCAAGGACCCUGGCGCAAAAGUGUCUUCUUUGAGGGAAAAAAAAAAUCCAAAAUGCUUUCUUUGUCACAUUUAAAUAUUUGUCUACACUUCAUUCCUAAACAUAUUUUCAAAUUAUAGUAGUAGUAAUAAUAAUAAUAAUAAUAAUCAUAAUAAUAAUAAUAAUGAUGUUUAGUUGAUCCCAGCAUCAUCAAAUGUAAUUUUUUGGGAGCAUUUUUGUUUAAUUCUUACGAAGCACUGUAACUUUAAGAUCAUCUUAUCUGUGUGAGAACAGAUUAAAAAGAUGCUCGCCUCUUCAGAACCUUUACACUGAUCUGGUGGGAUCGAUCCUUAAUCAUCAGUCGUCUCUCUGCUGUCCUUGUAACUAAAUUUAACACACAGUACAACUAAAGACUGUGAUCAUUCUUCAUUUAAUCCACCUCAAAUAUUCUUUGACUUCAUAAAAUUAGGUUCAGAAUGUAUAAAAAGUGUCCUCCACUUAACAUGGAUUCAUGUUGCACUAAGUUGUAAAGAAUGAUUCAGAGAAAGUUCAAAUUUGUGCCACAAAUGACUGAAAUCAUGACAAUGAAUUUUGGGACGUAUUCGUAAACUUAAGCUUCACUACUUGUCAGCGUUGCCUUUGGUCAGUACAAAAUUAGAUUUGCACUUGGAUGUUUUCUUUGUUUUUUGUUUGUUUGUUUGUUGUUUAUGCUAAUUGCGAGCAGACUUCUGAGAGGUCUGUGUUGAUCUCGUGCCUGUGUGGCUUUGGUUAACAUGUUGCACUAGAAUAGAGCAAUGCAGCGCAGCUUGACUAUGUUCUCUAAAAAGUUAUUUUUCACAUACAAAGAGACCUUUUAUAUGAACAUGUGCUGCUGUAUUUUUUUGUUAUGCAUCUAUUUUGUGAAUAAACCCCUUUGAGAUUAAACUG